UCCAGCAGCUCGCCAUCACCAAACUGAGGCUGUUUUUUUCCGCGAUGCAGACUGAUCGCCUAUAAAUAAAAUCGACUAUGGCGCAGCGUUUGUAGUUGUUUGAAGUUGUUUUAAGCAGAUUCACCACGACCGAUUUAGCCGCUCUUCAGACAGGCUUUCUCCGAGAACAUGGGCGAAGUUUGCACCUGCAGCUCGUGGAUCUGCAGGCAGGUGUUACCAGCUGUUCUGAUUCUGGCUGCGGUGGCAGGUGCGGUGCGCUGCUCGGACAGUCCUGCGGCAGUUGGUGGGAAAAUGUAUCCACGCGGCAAUCACUGGGCAGUAGGCCAUUUGAUGGGGAAGAAGAGCAUUGAGAGCUUGCCCGGACUACAUGACAGCAAUCGGGACUACCUACCACCUUUGGAAAGAGGGGGCAACGACGUGCUGCACCGAUAUGAGUUGAUGCCAGCUGUUUUCAGGGCACUGUCCCACCUGAGGAGCCACAGCCGGACGCUGCACACUGCGGACAGGCUGCACGUGCUCAGGAGCAGGGGAGUGGAGGAGGACAGGGACAAAUGUCUCAGAGAGAUGUCAGAGCUCCUCCUGCUGGUUUUGAACCUGCGAGACUCUGGCUCCAGCUGAGUGCAAGAAACUUCACACCCUGCAGCAACAUCGGCCUUUUCAUUUGGCACACCGUUAUCUUUGCUGUCUAAUCACAAUGCUCACAUUUUAUAUUUUAUUUAUUGACACUGAAAUCUUUGGAAUCCUUUGGAAACCCAGUAUUUGAUUGCUUGUUAUUUUAUCAAUAAUUUAAAAUAUCAGUACUUGUUUUUCACUUUUCAUGUACUUUGUUGGGUUACAGGUCAACCAGAAUAUGUUUGUGAAUGCUGAAUAAAUUGGGAAUUUGUGAUAACUUGCA